UAGUACCACCCUUCGAAAUGAAGCCAUGAAUUCGAAGGAGAGAAGAAGACGUUUUACACAGUUGCUGAACCGGUGACUAGCUCCUUCAUUCCAUUGUUGAUUCCUGGGAUCUGUUAACUGGCAAGCUCCUUUCUAUUUCUCUCUACGCUUUUUUUCCCCUCCAUUCACUCAAUUUCUGCAUUGCUUCUGUCUCCUUCAAUUUUUUGUUACAAUUUAACUUUGAAUUUAUAUCAAUGCCUUCUCGGAUGGGAAUAAUUCAGUGGGCAUUUUUUUAAUUUCUUUUUUCUCGAUUGCUUAUGAACAAGAAGCUGAAUUCAAUGUUUGUCCUUUCAUGUCGUUUGUCUUUCCCCCCUUUUUCUUUCUUUUGUUUCUUGCCGCCCAAACAGCUUUUAAUAAGGUGAUUCCUAUUUUCUCCAUAUCAAAGAGAGUGUCACUGCGAACCUGACUGACAAAUUCUCUGAAAUUCUUCAUAUUUUGUUGAAAGAAAGGGUGUUCAUACAAUCAUCCAGAUGGCCUAUGAACUAAAUGAACAAAAGAAAAUUGGAUUGGGUCUCAUUGGCUUCGGCAUCUUUUUCUCAUUUCUUGGUGUACUUCUGUUUUUUGAUAGGGGUCUGCUUGCCCUAGGCAAUAUAUUUUGGUUAACAGGGGUAGCCAUAUUGCUUGGUUGGCGUUCUACUUGGAAUCUUUUUACAAACAAAGCAAACUACAAGGGCUCUGUGUGUUUUGUCCUGGGGCUUUUCUUCAUCUUUGUUCGCUGGCCUAUAGUUGGUAUAAUCUUAGAAAUAUACGGCUGUAUUGCUCUCUUUGGUGGCUUCUGGCCAUCAGUUAAGGUGUUCCUCUAUCAGAUUCCAGUUGUUGGAUGGAUUAUACAGUAUCCUGUUCUGCUUCUUGAUCGUUUGAGAGGCAGUCCUGCCUGAGGAACUGCUUUUGUCCAACCCUUCUGAUGAAGUUCUUGAAUUCUAUGCAUCUCUUCCAAAGUUAUGUCGAGAGGUGGUUAGGGAUUCAUUGAUUUUUUGCUGGUCAAUUGCCCGUCUCUGCAUGAAAUCAAGAAAGGAAAAAGCACUGGAUUUGUGAAUAGCAAUUAAGGAGAGCAAGACAAGCCAAGCCUCUUUUCUGUUGGAUAUUCUUCAGUGCUUAAGCAGUUUCUGAAAUGACUUGUAUUUUUUAUUUUUAUUUUUAUUUUGUUUCUGGUUGGUUGACUGGUCGGCUCGAGUUACUGCUGUGAUUGCUUUGCAACAAUUGAUUGAGGUGCAGGAUCAACCAUUUGAUAAAAAAAGUUGAAUAUAACAAUGCUAACUCAACUCAAUGUGGUAUAAGUUGUGAGAUGAAUUGUUAUUUUUAUA